GCUGGGUGGGCCCAAGGGUUACUUUAGUCUCUUCCUCUCCACGCGGUGGACGAAAUUGGUCGCUCUACGCAGUCUGUGCAGAGUGAUGCCUGGGAAACUCCUUAGUGACGCGGAUUUGGAAUCAGACACGGCCAUGGGGAAAAUGGAGAUACCUCGAAAGCAAAAUGAGAAGAAAGGUAGAAAAAAGGCAAAAUCUGAAGAGGCAGCAGAAGAAAAAGAAGAAGUUGUUUCCCCCAAAGCUAAAAAAGUUAAAAAGAAAGCAGAGACUUCUGAAGUUGACAUGAUUUCUCCUAAAUCCAAAAAGGCAAAAAAGAAAGAGGAGCCAUCUCAAGAUGACAUUAUUUCUUCUGAAACCAAACGUGUAAAAAAACCAAAGGAGCCCACUGAAAAGAAAGUUGUUGCUUCUAAAACCAAAAAAGCAAUAAAAAAUGAUGAGCCUUCUGAAGAAGAAAUAUCUGCGCCUAAGCCCAAGAAGAUGAAGAAAGAAAAGGAAAUGAAUGGAGAAAUUGGAGAGAAAAGCCCCAAACUGAAGAAUGGGAUCUCUCAUUCUGGACCUGAUUCCAACUCCAAGGAAGCUACCAGUGAAGAAAGUAACAGUGAGUUAGAGCAGGAAAUACCUGUGGAACAAAAAGAAGGAGCUUUCUCUAAUUUCCCCAUAUCUGAAGAGACUAUUAAACUUCUCAAAGCCCGUGGAGUGACCUUCCUAUUUCCUAUACAAGCAAAGACAUUUUAUCAUGUCUACGAUGGAAAGGAUUUAAUUGCACAGGCACGGACAGGAACUGGGAAGACAUUCUCCUUUGCUAUCCCUUUGAUUGAGAAACUUCUGGGAGAAAUGCAAGACCGGAGGAGAGGUCGUGCCCCUCAGGUACUGGUUCUUACGCCCACAAGGGAGUUGGCAAAUCAAGUGAGCAGAGACUUCAGUGACAUCACAAAAAAGUUGGCAGUGGCUUGUUUUUAUGGUGGAACUCCCUAUGGAGGUCAAAUUGAACGCAUGCGGAAUGGGAUCGACAUCCUGGUUGGGACACCAGGUCGUAUCAAAGACCACCUGCAGAAUGGCAAGCUAGAUCUCACCAAACUGAAGCAUGUUGUCCUGGAUGAAGUUGACCAGAUGUUGGAUAUGGGCUUUGCUGAUCAAGUGGAAGAGAUUUUAAGUGUGGCAUACAAGAAAGAUUCAGAAGACAAUCCCCAAACAUUGCUUUUUUCUGCAACUUGCCCUCAUUGGGUUUAUAAUGUUGCUAAGAAAUACAUGAAAUCUACAUAUGAACAGGUCGACCUAAUUGGGAAAAAGACUCAGAAAACGGCAAUAACUGUGGAGCACCUGGCUAUCAAGUGCCACUGGACUCAAAGAGCAGCAGUUAUUGGGGACGUGAUUCGAGUGUACAGUGGUUUUCAAGGGCGCACUAUCAUCUUCUGUGAAACCAAGAAAGAAGCCCAGGAGUUGUCUCAGGAUACGUCCAUAAAGCAGGAAGCCCAGUCAUUACAUGGAGACAUUCCACAGAAGCAAAGGGAAAUUACCCUGAAAGGCUUUAGAAAUGGUAAUUUUGGAGUGAUGGUGGCAACCAAUGUUGCUGCGCGUGGGUUAGACAUCCCUGAGGUUGACCUCGUUAUACAAAGUUCUCCUCCAAAGGAUGUGGAAUCCUACAUUCAUCGUUCUGGGCGAACGGGCAGAGCUGGAAGGACAGGGAUUUGCAUCUGCUUUUAUCAGCACAAGGAAGAGUAUCAGUUAGCACAAGUGGAGCAAAAGGCGGGAAUUAAAUUUAAACGAAUCGGUGUUCCUUCUGCAACAGAGAUAAUAAAAGCUUCCAGCAAAGAUGCAGUCAGGCUUUUGGAUUCUGUGCCUCCCACUGCCAUUAGUCACUUUAAACAGUCAGCUGAGAAGCUGAUAGAGGAGAAGGGGGCCGUGGAAGCCCUGGCAGCAGCACUGGCCCACAUUUCGGGGGCCACAUCAGUGGACCAGCGCUCCUUGAUCAACUCAGAGGCGGGCUUUGUGACCAUGAUCUUGCGGUGUUCGAUUGAAAUGCCAAACAUUAGUUAUGCUUGGAAAGAACUUAAGGAGCAACUGGGUGAGGAUUUCGAUUCCAAAGUGAAGGGAAUGGUCUUUCUCAAAGGAAAGCAGGGUGUUUGCUUUGAUGUCCCUACUGCAGCAGUAACAGAAGUACAGGAAAAAUGGCACGAUUCGCGGCGCUGGCAGCUCUCGGUGGCCACGGAGCAACCAGAGCUGGAAGGACCACCGGAAGGCUACCGAAGCUUCAGAGGACAGCGGGACGGCAAUCGAGGUUUCAGGGGCCAGCGGGGAGGAAACAGAAACUUCAGGGGACAGCGGGAAGGAAAUAGAAACUUCAGAGGACAGCGAUCAGGAGGUGGCAACAGAAGUAACAACAGAUUCCAAAACAAAGGCCAGAAGCGGAGUUUCAACAAAGCAUUUGGUCAGUAAUUUGAAGUAGAGGAUUUCUAUGGCAAAACAACUGUGUUUGGCAACAGGGAACUGAACAUUUUUUUCACGCAAAGUUAAAAGCACAUUGUGUUUCCUUCCUGACCACUUGCCCAGGUCCCAUCUCUUCCAGAGAGACAAGCUUCAUCUAAAUGAUUUCAUCUGAUGAUUGUCAUUUAUAACUUAAUAGCUACUUCUGUGUCAGGUCUUUCUUUUGAAAAGGUGUACGAAUUUAUUAUAUUUCAUUCUAAUGCAUUGUCUAUAGAUCAUAAGGAAAAGUCAAGCAUGUAUCUGUCUUUAAGUUGACCUGUUUUUAUAAUUAAAAGUGUCCUAAUAGUGUUCUUAAAUACGAGGAAUACAGCGAUCUCUGGAGAAGUACUUUGAGAAGUCAGGCUUGCUUCUGUAAUUGGCAUUCCUCAGCCACCUGCCUAAUAAUUACUGCCGUGGUCCUAUCCUAUAACAUGUCUUCUGAGAAUUAAUACUGAGUGAUGUUUUGAAGCAAGAUUUCAAACGUAGCUGGGAUAUAAUAAAGUUUAUGCCAGCAUAUAUUCUAGAUCUGGAGGGUGGUGGUACAUUUGAUAGCAGACAUGUAGAUUAGCCAUCAAUAUGUGCAUUUUGAUACACUUUUAGCUUCUCAGUAGAAGGUAAUUCAUGCUUCAGUGAAUUCUUCACAGAUUUUUUUAUAUCUAUAUCUAUAUAACGAACUAUUGUAAUAGAAAGCAACUGUCUUUAAGGAAUUCCAAAAUGUGUAAGAUGGCCCCAUAACUUAAUUCAUAAGGAAGGAGGCUGGAUAAAUGGGGCUUGAAGAUGUACUCUACUUACUCUUGGAAGAUUAAAGUUAUUUACCAAAAAGGAAUUAAUGGAGGGAGUCCGGGGUCAGAGAUUUUUUCAUUGCCGAGUUAAAAAAAACUCACUGAAAAUAUUUUUUACAUGUGAGGAAGAAACACUGAUGUCUGCUGAGAGCAAAGAGAACAAGUGAAGAUACAUGAUACAGUAUUCUUUUAAUAGUGCAAACUUAAUGAGUCAGUGUUUCUGGAGGUUAAUUUCUAAUGGGCAAACGGGGGUUAUUAGGUAGAACGAUCCAAUUUAGUUUCUCAAAGACCUAGUUCCUGUAGAUUACAAUAAAGUCAUCUAUUUUCAUUAUUAGACUGCUAUUCCACUGAAAGGUUUUAGCUGCUUACAGCCUUUUUUUGUUUAAGACAAACUAUGGUUAUUUUAAGUUGUUGCUUUGAGGAAACUGAAGAACUUAGUAUAGCCCCUGGCCAGAUAACUCUGAGUACUCAAAUAUUCUCUGGGAAACUUUCUACAUGGUGCAGGAGCCUAAGAGGGGCAUUGUCUUCUCACCUUAAUUCCUAGAAAUUCUGUGUUGGAAAUCUCAGGGAAUACGCCAUGAUGGAGAAAUUAAACUAGAUGGCCUGUGUUGUUUUCAUUUAAUUAUUUUGAAUAACAAGUCUUUCUAGGCCCUGAUGUGUCUCAGUUGAGUCUAUAUGUAGCUGCCUUUCUUGAUCACCUGGCAGUGUUAGGGGAUCAGAACUCUUGAUUCUUGAGGCAAUGUUCUUUUUUUGUUUGGACUUCUGUUCUAUCAGAAUCCUGAUUGGAAGUUUGUGUCUCUGUUCUCAGAAAUCCUCUUGCCUUUAUUCCUUGAUCUACUUGUCAAUUGUAAUGCUUUUCCUCCUACUCCUCAUGGCUUCCCAUCAAGCCACAGGGAUUUAGGGGAAGUUGUUGGAUGAUAGACAACUCCUGUGCCUUGUGUAUUACAACAUAUGAGAUUCUAGUUUUGCUCAAAUACUGAGCAUACUUUAAUAACCAAAACAUUUCACAGUUUGGAUAGGAAUGAGUACUUUACCAAGCAGAUUAAAAGGACAUGGUACCUGUUGUUUAGGAAGGAACAGGUAAAACCUUGAUAUGGAUUAGCCUAAAGAAUAAUCAAGCAUACAUCAAGGGUAAAGGGGAAGAUUGUUGGAUGUUUCACUUUAUGCAACUUAAUUUUAAGGAAACCGGUUGUUUUAAUAGGUGAAGUUAAAGUUUCUCCUGGAUCCCAGAAUUCAGACUAUAUUUAUAAAUGUAUAAUUCAGCUAUUGCUUUUUCUAAGUGGGCUAGUUGGGCUAGCCUGGGAAAUGUUAACCAUUUUUACUAUUUUCUACUGAGAAAAUAUUUUCCAAUUUAUGUAUCAAGUCAACAAACUGUUGAAAUACAACACGAUUUUACAUUGGAGUUAUUUGUGCAGUGGUUUCUUUACAAUUGUACAUAAAAUGUUUUUAUUAUAAAA